GACUGAACUCACAGGCGUGUAAAGAGCCUCAAACAAACACAUUACUCAUGUUGAAGUGAACGCGACGACGUUGGUUCUCAGAUAUUUGUUUUGGUUUAGAUUUAAACUGAAGGUUUCCCGGAUUGCAGGAGUGAAAUAGCUCUCCGCAGUCCUGUCAACGCAGCACCAGGAUGGACGCGGCUCCAGGAUAAAGUGAAUCAUGGCUUUUGCUGUUUUCCUGUCACUUUUGCUGGUGUCGUCGUGUCACCAGCCGCAGGUCACCUCAGGCUCCCGUGUCCUCAGGAUCCAGGCUGGUGUCGGAUUAACCGGGCGGUCCUCAAACAACACACUGGCCAUGGUGCCUCAAAACGGCAACGAUGAUGAGUGUGACCGUGUGAUGAACAUCAGCGCUGCAGACCGCUGUGCGUUCGUGAAGAGCACACCAGACUGUAGCAUGGAGGAUGGCUUCAUCAACUACCUUCAUGUGGCCUUCUGUCUGCUUCCUCCCAACCUCACGCCUCUCACCAUCACUCUCUGUAUUAUAUGGUUGCUCUUUCUGUUUGUCAUCCUUGGACUCACAGCAUCGAAGUUUUUCUGUCCCAACCUGUCGGCCAUCUCUACCAGCCUGCACCUCACUCACAACGUGGCUGGUGUGACAUUUCUGGCCCUUGGUAAUGGAGCUCCUGACAUCUUCAGUGCUGUGGCAGCUUUCUCCCACCCACACACCGCUGGGCUCGCCGUCGGAGCCUUAUUUGGAGCUGGAAUAUUUGUUACCACAGUAGUUGCGGGAGGUGUGGCGCUGGUCAAGCCUUUUGCCGUGGCCUCCCGUCCAUUCCUGCGUGAUGUCAUCUUCUACAUGGUUGCCGUGUUUUGGACUUUCGUCAUGCUGUUCAGAGGAACCACCACACUGGGAGAAACACUGGGGUACCUGAGCCUGUACGUGGUGUACGUAUUGAUUGUUAUCAUCAGUGCCUACAUCUACAACCGGCAAAAACAUUCAGUGAACACGAGUGCCCGGAGUGUUGCACAUUUUCCAGAGUUUCACUCAUCCGAUUCAUCAGAUGAUGACGUUCCCUGCCUGACCGGUGGAACGAUGCCGGAGUAUGAGUCAGAGUACAGGCCUCUUCUGCCAUACUCUGAGUCCACGAGUCAGAUCCUGCUGAGCUCACUGAACCCGGUGGACAACAGGAAGUGGAGGAGGAAAUCGUGGAGCUGGAGAGUGCUCAAACUACUGAAGACGCCUCUAGAGGUCCUGCUGCUGCUCUGCAUCCCUGUAGUUGACCCUGAUAAAGAGGACAAGAACUGGAGGAGGCCACUGAACUGCCUCCAUCUGAUCACUGCUCCACUAAUGUGUGUGCUCAUCUUCCAGUCUGGAAUAUAUGGAGAAUACAUGAUCCAAGGGCAGUUUCCUCUCUGGUUGCUGACUCUUCUGCUGGGACUUUUUCUGUCAUCCAUUGUUUUCUGCACCACAACCAAUGACUGCCCUCCCAGAUAUCAUCCACUGUUUGCGCUUUUGGGCUUCGUGGUGAGCGCAGUAUUGAUCAGUGCAGCAGCCUCUGAAGUGGUCAGUCUCCUGCACAUGCUCGGUGUGGUGUUGAGUCUCAGCAACACUGUGCUGGGGCUGACUUUAUUGGCCUGGGGCAACAGCAUAGGAGACUGUUUCUCUGAUAUCACCAUCGCCCGGCAGGGUUACCCACGGAUGGCCAUAUCUGCCUGUUUUGGGGGCAUCAUUUUCAACAUGCUGUUUGGAGUGGGUUUGGGAUGUCUGGUGCAGAUGCUUAAAACACACUCUUACGUCCAGUUUGAAUCAGAGGGUUUGCUGACAUGGAUUCUCGCAGGAUCUCUGGGUUUGUCUCUGGUCCUGUCCUUUGUCAUCGUUCCGCUGUGCCGGUUCCACUUGGGUCGGGCCUACGGGAUCUUUCUCCUCGUCUUCUACGUCAUCUUCCUUGUCAUCGCGCUGCUCACAGAGUUUGGCAAGAUCUUCAUUGUAUAGACAGAACACUGAUGCCAGUCUGUAACGGGGGGAUGUCCUCCUGCAAUGCAAAAUAACACACUGGAACAGAGGCUGCACUGAGUGCAGACAAAUGACAACUUCUUCUACAACACACAAUACUGAUACACUAUUUAUAAAGGAAUCAACAGUACACUUUUCUGCUACACAGAGCCAUGCUGUGGUUGGUUUGUGGAACCAAGCAGGCAAAUUAAUGACAAACUACACUUUUCUGCUCAGGGAGAGCUAAAACUAGUCACACUGUGCCUUCAUUCAGCUUCUUGUUUGUGCUGAUUGGGAGGUGGUACUUUUUUUGAGUUCAAAGGGGAAACACAGAUUGUAGAGAUCUGUACCUUAAAACAUUGUGAAUGAACUAAAUGUACUGUAAAUCAAAAUGUUAAAAUUACUUUGUACAAAGCUGCUUUUGGGAAAUUAAAUAAUACCCUUUGUGUUAAACUACA